GGAAGCACGCGCGGGUCUUCCGAGCCUUCUGGCAGUACGUCGGCGGCGGCUACAGUGCGCUGUGAAGGCUCUGUGCCGACGCCGGUCGGUGGGGACGGCGGUGCACGGGUGAUCCCAGCCCCGGGUCGGGAGUCGGAGCUCCCCUGCAGUGUGGCGGACGCGCCGCGCCGAGGCCGGGGCCGAGGAUGAAGCUGACGCGAGCCUGCCUGGCCGCUCUGUGCCACCUGCUCCUGCUCGAGUGCUCCACGGUCAACGCCACCUGGUGGCUGCUGGGCAUGCAGAGUUCGAUCGACCUCCAGAUGACGUCCAACACGUACCAGAACACCUGCCAGAAGCUACACUACCUGGUGGCCCGCCAGCGCGAACUGUGUGGUCUGGACCGGAACAUCCUGCAGAGCGUGGGUCGCGGCGCCAAAACUGGGAUCGAAGAGUGCCAGUGGCAGUUCCGCGGCUACCGCUGGAAUUGCUCAACCUUCAACAACAACACGUCCGUCUUCGGUGGUGUCGUCGCCGUCAAGAGUCGCGAGCGUGCCUACAUCCACGCCGUGUCGGCUGCCGGUGUGGCGUACAGCAUCACACGCGCCUGCAGCCGCGGAGAGAUUGCCGAGUGCGGCUGCGACCAGCGCAUCCUGACGCGGCGCGCCAAACGCUGGGAGUGGGGUGGCUGCUCUGAGGACGUGGACUUUGGACGCAUGUUCAGCAAAGAGUUCGUCGACUCGAACGAGGAGAGGAACUCGGCCGAGGGCCAGAUGAACCUUCACAACAACGAGGCUGGGCGAAGGAUAAUAAAGAAGAGCCUAGUGCGUCUCUGCAAGUGCCACGGUGUGUCCGGGUCCUGUAACAUGCAGGUGUGCUGGAGAAAGAUGGCGCCCUUCAGAGAGAUCGGUGACAAACUGAGAAAGAAGUUUGAUUCUGCCACGAUGAUGCGCACAGUUCGUCGCAGACGCCGGCUUCGUCUUAAGCCCAAAUAUCCGCGCCAGAAGCGCCCCACCAGGCGGGACCUGGUGUACCUCGAGGACUCGCCAAACUACUGCGACAGGAACGACAAAUUCGGGAUCGCCGGCACACGCGGACGGGAGUGCAACCGCACCUCCUGGGGCAUGGACGGCUGCAAGCUGCUCUGCUGCGGCCGCGGCUUCCGCACCGAGGUGCUCGAGCUCUCCGAGAAGUGCAACUGCCGCUUCGUCUACUGCUGCCACGUGCAGUGCGAGCAGUGCAACCGGACUGUCGAGAGACACACGUGCAACUGAGGCGCCCGCGCGCCGGCCGAGGGCGGCAGGAGGGGUCGGACUUGCCGGGCGGUGGCUCGGCAUCCGCGAAAGGUCGGCCCUGUGGCCUCUGCUCACCCAGGGGAGGACGUGCAGAUACGAGAUAUGUCGCAAUGGCGUACAGAUGCGACGACGGCAUGACAAGCGAUGCUGGCCGAAACGAACCGCCGCCCGGGUCUUGGGGAAACAAGCCGAUUGGAGACAACGCGAUCGGCCAAAUGAGCAAACUGGGAACGCUUUGGCUGUAUGGAAAUGUCGUAACCCGAGACAAACUCUGCGAUCUUGCAGUGGUGCACUGAGCCGCGAGAGACUGUGUCGACCUGGGCGGACAUGGCCGCCUGCAGGGAGUGCGCAGAUGUGUCCCCUGAGAGCCACGCUACGCCCGGUCCAGCUGACCUGAGGUAGGCUGCUGGACGGCCCGGGACGCCAGCACGGUCCAGCGCCUGUGGCCAGUGCAGUCGGGCCGGCCCGCCGCGACCAGGGCGACUGACUGAGAGCUCAGCCAGCCAGCUCUACUUUGAGGCGCUAUGCAGGCAGUGCACAGGGGUGGAGCGGCCGGCUCCGUUCCAUGUAAGUGCGUCUGAGGGAGGUCACUCGCGAGCGUUCCGCGCGUGUAUUCCUUGCCGAUGGGUGGUCCCUGAUUGUAAGGUCACUGCAACAAGAAUAACCCAUCCAGUGGGAUAUUGCACGGUAAUUUGCCCGACUGACCGCAUCCUGACCACAUGAUUGUCUUAUAUGUUCUACAUGUGCAUGGCGAAUCGCGUCAUUUUGUGAAGUUUACACCAUCGGCAUACCGCUGGUCUCUGUGUACAUAUAAAGUUCUUCAGAACCGCGCCGAAAUCGGUUUCAUCAUGUGUGUAGUGUGUGCCCAUCGAGUAUUCGUAGAAGUCUAAGAUGGUAAUGUUUGAUCGCAGCAUAUUGUGCGAAUGUGCUACACUCGGCAUAGAGUCCUGCCAAGUGUAAGCAAACUGGUGUAAUACGCAUGAAACGUGGCCAGAAGUUGUCGAGACCAUUUGCUCUGCACAGUUCACGGCAAGUCAAACAACGCGCCGUGUUGUACAUUGAGUAGUGCCCUGGAUAGUUGACAUGACUUCGACAUUGAUCAUGGUUGACAUGGUUGACAACAAUCAAUGUAGCAAUCAAUAACGCUGCCGCAAGGCACAAGCACCAUGAUGUAGCUUGGCCCGACAAAGCUUAACAGUGAUCGCUGGGAAACAAAUCGAGACAGAUAUCACCAGAGACUGACAAACCAAGAUAUUUUUUUGAAGCUCUAUGUGCGUUUGAAAAAAAGAGGGCUACGAAAGCAAUGCUAUUUAUUUAAGGCCCAGUUUGGUGUCACUUCUUGUUGUAUUUUACCGUUUCAAAGCAAAGUUGGCCUAGCCGCAUCACAUGAUUUUUACAAAAGCGAAGAGUUGAGUCGUCCCAUUUUGUUACGUUUAAUCUUUCAAAUGAGCCGGCGUGCCAGAAGCAAGGUGGUGGCAAAUCCAUUGCAACGCUUCGAAAAUUAUCAUAGAUGGAUAUGGGUUUACACGGAACAAAGGUAGCUGGCCAAUUGAGCCCACACAAGGUUCCGUGGCUGAGGGGCGCACCUAAUGACAGUAUAUAGCUGCAUACAGCCCAGACAGCGCGCCUACGCAGUCGCUUAGGGUCCAGAUGUCAUAAAUCCCCACUGCGAACACACUUCGAGAUUGCGACGUUUGGACAUACCUUUGAUCACUGACUGAUUCAAUGAUAUGCGUUAUUCAUGGACUACUUACUAUUUUAGAUACGACAGAAGGAAGUUUGGACGGUGUUCUUGCACGAUUUACUUAACACUGCACGGUUUUGUAGUUUCUUUCUAUGAAGUUGGACUGAGGUCGAUAACACCAGAAUGGGGCGCUAUUUUGUCGGCCUGCCUCACCCAUGCAUAGGCAUGCCUCACCGUGUGGACAAUGUAUUGUAUUUGUGUUAAACUUUCGCUGGUUCGAGACAUUGUACCGAUCACUGUGCCAAUAGGUGCUAGUCAUGUGUAAAACAGGUCUCCAAGGCUAUUUGGCCCGCGUGAUCCUAUGACGUUGAGGCGCGCCUGUUCUCCAUCGUGCUGUUUCGUGACGUCUCCAUUAGAAUGCCUUGCACGCAAGUUGUGUGCGACCCCCUCAAAUUGAAAUACAUUUUCAUCGUUUAU